UGGUAACGGGUUGACCUUACCAUAUAUGAUAUAUACACAACCAUAGUCAGAUCGAUCAGAGUAACCUUAGCUUCAUCAUGGCUGAAAAAAACAGGGUGAGAGUUUUGAUGUUCCCAUGGUUGGCCGUGGGGCACAUCUCACCGUUCUUUGAGUUAGCCAAGAAACUCGCCGACAGAGGUUUCAGCAUCCACAUAUGUUCCACCCCAAUCAACCUUAGUUUCGUCAAAAACAAGAUUCCCGACCAAUAUUCCUCUUCAAUCAAAUUGAUAGAUCUUCAUCUACCGGAAUCACCAGAUCUCCCUCCUCACUAUCACACCACCAAUGGCCUCCCACUCCACCUCAACUUCACCCUCCAAAAAUCCCUAAAAAUGGCCAAACCCACUUUCUCCACCAUCAUGGAAUCCCUAAAACCACACUUGCUCAUCUACGAUAUUCUCAUGAUGUGGGCCGCCGGAGUAGCCGAGUCCCACAACGUCCCGGCGGUCCGGUUCUUGACGUCCGGCGCCGCCGUGUGCACCUACUUCUGCCACAUGGUUUUGCGCCCAAACGCCGAGUACCCUUUCCCGGAACUCUAUCUACGCCGAUACGAACAAGAGAGAGCUCAGAAGCUUAUGGAUGAAAGAAAGAGCGGAAGAAAAUAUGACGGCGGCGCCGGCGAGGAUCACGGCGGCGACGGCGAGAAUGACGGCGACGGCGCCGGAGAGAAUGACGGCGGCGGCGCUGAGGAAGACGGCGGAAUGUCGAACGACAUGGUGGUGAUAAGUAGCUCAACGGAAAUAGAGGGGAAAUAUGUGGAUUAUCUUGGGGAGUUACUAUGCUGCAAGAUUUUGGCUCUGGGAACCCUAGUUAAGCAGCCAAUGAUGAAAGGGGAAAAUGAAUGUUCAGAGCUUAUGGGGUGGUUAGGGGAGAAAGAAGAGCGGUCCACGGUGUUUGCUUCCUUUGGGAGUGAAUAUUUCCUUUCAAAGGAGGAUAUGGAGGAGGUGGCUUAUGGGUUAGAGCAAAGCCAAGCAAACUUCAUAUGGGUGGUUAGGUUUCCAAAAGGGAAUGAAAACUCUAAUCUUGAAGAGGCACUCCCAAAGGGUUUUCUAGAAAGAAUUGAAGGGAGAGGGAGGAUAGUCGAAGGGUGGGCUCCGCAGGAACAGAUCCUGUCCCAUCGAAACACUGGAGGGUUUAUGAGUCACUGCGGGUGGAACUCGUUAGUAGAGAGUAUCGAGUACGGUGUCCCGAUCAUAGCCAUGCCUAUGCAUCUUGACCAGCCUGUGAAUGCUAAGCUGAUGGUGGGGAUUGGGGUAGGGGUUGAGGUGGUGAGGGAUGAGGGUGGGAAGCUUCAUAGGGAAGAUGUGUGUAGGGUUGUUAAGGAUGUAAUUAAGGGAAAAGUUGGGGAGAAUGUUAGGAAGAAUGUGAAAAUUGUGGGUGAAAAUGUGAGACUCAAGAGUAUUCAAGAGAUGGACGAGGCUGCUGUGCUGUUAGCACAACUUUGUAAUGUUUAAAUUUUGAAAAAUUCGCAAAUUACAUUUUAAACUCUUUUAUUUUAUAAUUUUCACUGUAUUGUUGAAGCAUAUUCUGAGUUUAUAAUUAUUAUUUGAGUAAUACUUGGGAAAA